GGGGCGGACUGUCUUAAGAGGGAGCGUGGAAAUGACGCGCGUCGCAGGCUGAGGAGAGAGAGAGACGGAGAAGCGGCGAUAGCGGGUUUCUAUUCCCUGGACUUGUGUGAGGAAACGAAACUACGCUUGGAGCGUCACUGCAGCAGGAGUUUGCUGUCUUGCUUGUUCAAUUUUACCGGGAAGUGAACUCUUGAAGGGUGGGUUCCAGACUUUGAAGUUGCUGGUCUUCGCCGUGGAUUCUGCAGGGAACGUUGCAUUGAUUUGUUGGUCACUGCUGGCCAGGCACCCAGUGAGCUCAGAGUGGAGACCUGCAGAGCUGGUCUUUGCCCUCCAGUAGGUUGUCCGUGGUUACUGUGGAGCUCUGGGUUGACUGGCUCGGGGAUCGGAGGACGACCCUUCUCUCCGGUUGUCCUGAGCUGCAGUAGGGGUUGCUGUGGUUUCUGCAGAGCGGAGUUGAGGAUCCAGUGUGUGUGAGAGAGGACGAAGUGUCUCGCUCUGAGCUGCAGUGCAUGGCUUCUGAUUCAAGAUUGUGAGCUUCCACGGUUUGUAAUACGAGCUGCUUUUGGCAUUGCGCAGGGCAGUUCAAACGACAACCACAAGCCAACUUGAGAAGGGGGAAAAGAGGAUUUUUUUUUUUUUUUUGUAACAUUUGCUCCUACGAAACAAUAUACGAAAGUUUCAGGGCAUUAGUGACUCUGAAGCCUUUUGGAAACCCCAAGGAGUCCCAGUGACACUUCUGUGGCCUCAAUCUGGUCCUCAUCUCGGAGUGAAGGAGAGCGAGGAAAUUCGAAAGCCAGGAAGUUCAUUUAAGGAUAGCAGCAUCCUGUUGGGCGCGUGUUCAAGUUGUGGAAAGCAGAAUGUCCAAGAAACCUGCUCAGAAGGAUCCUACAGGAGUGUUUUUUGACACCCACUCCAAAAUGGUGAUGUCUCAAGGAGGAAGCUUUGAGAAAAUGAAGGAAAAGAUCGGCGCUGUGAGAGCAGUCGUGCCCAACAGAAGCAACAAUGAGAUUGUUCUGGUGCUGCAGCAUUAUGACAACUGUGUGGACCGAGCCGUGCAGUCCUUUGUGGACGGCAGCGCAGUGGAUAUCUUGAAAGAGUGGAAUGUAACUGGCAAAAAGAAGCCCAAGAAGAAGAAGAAGAAGCCCAAGCCAGCUGCAGUGUGUGUGGAGGGGCAGACUGACCUGGGACAGGCACUCAAUGGGCAGCCAUGCCAUUCCGCUUCCCAGACAGACAGGGUGAACGGUUACCAUGCCAACGACUCCCUGAACGACGGGGAGUCUGUGGACUCUCUGAGCGAGCAGCUGGACUGCGUCUCUGUGGACGCCCGGGACCUUGAGGACUUAGAGUCGGCUACACCAGAGUUGCCGGACACUACAGUUGCGGAUUUUGAACACGGCAAACCUGGAGUGGAGCUCCAGAGCCAGCCCCCUCAGCAGCCCCAUGCGUCCCGGGUUCACCAGAACCAGAGGAGCUCCAAUAAACAGCACUCCCGGACCAGCACCAGCACCCAGUCCUCCCCGGCACUCUCCCUGCCCCUCCCCGAGGACUCUCUGCACGGCAGCGCAGCCAACAAGAAACUGGCUUCCAACAUCGACAAGUCUGUGAAAGACCUGCAGCGCUGCACGGCCUCCCUCACUCGCUACCGCGUGGUGGUGAAGGAGGAGAUGGACUGCUCCAUCAAGAAGAUGAAGCAAACCUUCGCCGAGCUGCAGAGCUGCUUGAUAGACCGGGAGGUUGCCUUGUUGGCAGAAAUGGACAAAGUCAAAGCAGAAGCCAUGGCGAUCCUGGACAGCCGUCAGAAGAAGGCGGAGGAGCUGAGGAGACUGAGUGAGCAGGCCGUGGUCAUGUCUGUGGGACAGCUGAGUGAGCUCCGGGCAGAUAUAAAGCACUUUGUUAGCGAGCGGAAGUAUGAUGAAGACCUGGGGAAGGCUCUCAAGUUCACCUACGAACUGGAACCAGCUAAGAAAAGCAUCAUGACGUUUGGACAAGUGUACCAUCCCCAGACUGGGUACUCCAACCGCUCCCGCUGCAGCUCGGUCUCCUCUGCCUCCCUGUCCUCCCCGAGCACCCAGGACUGCCCGCCCUCUGUGCCCCAGGCCUCUGGGAACAGCCUCCCGAGCAGCAGCAGCAGCAGCCCUCGACAGCCCGCACAGCCCCAGAGACAGGGUUACCAAGGUAAUAGAAGGCCGGGUCAAGGUUACCAGCCUCCCGUUCAAAGGUCGAACGGGGCGUUGUACCAGGGCCGCUACGAAGACCGGAACAGAAACAUCAACAGGCCCAACUUGCGCUACCAGAACAGAGCCCCGCCCAGCACGGCCAGCCCGGCCAGCCCAGCCAGCCCUUACCCUCCCACCAACGGGACUGCGCCUCCUCGCCCCAGACAGGACCAGCCCAACGGGCUCCCCCAGCGCCCUCCCCGAACACACUGCCCUCCGCCAGGCCCCUGAGACACCAGCGAUGGAAGAAACCCAAUCGAAGUUUACAUCUUGCAGCUGUUGUGCCACUUUAGGCCCCUUUUUCUUCUUUUGAACCCCUGUCCCCUAUUGCUCCCUUCAGCUUUGGUUUGUUGCGUAUGUUUCAAUCUACAGUUAUUCACGUAAAACUACAUCUAUAUACCUUGGUACCUUUUUUGUCUAUUUUGCCUUUCCUAGUUUUUUACAACCACAAUGGAUAUUUGUAUCCAAGACUUUCAUUCUUGCAGUGUCUGGAGAACACCUCUGUACCUUCUGAGUGUCGCAUUGCAUUCAGAGAGAUAGUGGAGGUGUGUGAGGGGAGUGAACUGAUUCCAGGAUGUCUAAUGACCCACAUUCUUAAAGAAACAGCGAGGGACGUUCAUUAGCACUAACCCCUGCAGAAAAUGUCCUCGCCCCAGAUCCGAUUUCAGUGGGUCUUGAUUUGAGUGCAUUAAUUGGCCUUGCAUUCCUGCCUUUAACAGGGAAUGAAACUACCUCUUCAUUGCCUUGAACACAGAGCUGUUCUCUGCUCUCUGUCUCACUCUCUCACACACACCUCCAGGACUCGCUCACUGCACGAGGUAACGGCUCAUUGAUUUAAAUCCACAAAAACAGGACCCUUCCUGAAAUAUUCUUUCAGACCUGAGACUCCACUGUUUCAAACCCCUGAAGUGGAAGUGCAUUUAGCCACAUGGGUGGUGUUUGGAUCCAGCCGUUUCAGAUCAGUUGAAUCGCACCCUGUUCGUGUCUAUUGAAGUCGUCUUGGUAAAGGUUUGGGAUGGAUUCACUGUAGAUGGAGAGCAGGUUUAUUUUGGAAAAGGCAUCAGUUCUGGGGAGGAGUGUAUCUUGUAAAGACCCUGUGGCUCCCCCUGGUGGUGCUCCUGCAGCAGUUCAGCCUGUUGGUGUAGAACUGUGUGCCAGUCUUAGGAGGAUACUGUCUUAAAUUUUUUUUUUUUUUUAACAUUAUACUGAAGAAUAAUGUUGAGCUAGUUGUGGUUUUCUUGUAUUUUGUCUUAGCAAGUACAGAUUGGUUAAAAACUGGAGUGGCUCAAAGUGUUUGCUGUGAUUUAUAUCAUUGGGAUCAAAGACCGUUCCUGCCUGUUCAUUGUAGAGAAAUGCUGUGUAAGCAUGGCAGUAGAUGGUGUUGAUCCUUAAGGAAAAGCAUUGUUAAGACUUCAGUUCAUUAUCUGGCUCCACAAUGGAGACUCUGGUAUAGAUAAUGUAGCUCCAUGGUUCGCCUGAUGUGGCAUAACUGUUAGGGGAGUUGGAAUUCGACAGUUCGAUAAGUUAAUUAAAUCGACAGUUAGAUAAAUUAAUAAUAAUCUACAGCUGAAGUGUAAUAAAUGAAGAUAUGAAAAGCUUACAAAUUGCAAAAAAAAAGGACACAUGAACACAAACAUCUAGAAUUGCAUCAAGAAAUACUUGAACUUUCUGCUUCCUUUAGCAGACUGGGAGGAGGAGAAUUCGCUGUUCUUUUCCUCCUGUCUCCAGUGAAGCCGCUCUCACACUUCAGUGCCUUAGUUACAGUCUGCAUUGAAUUCCACUUUAUCUGUGCUGGGUAUUUCUUCAACUUGAUUGUGUUUUUGUCUGUGCAUUUAAAGUAUGGUUUUGUGGGGGGAGAAGCAACAGUAAUUCUCUUGAAGGUGUCCCUUUUUAUAUCUUUGGAACCCUUUUCAGCCCCCCCCCCCCCCUUGUUUAGUAAGCCCCUCUGGUCCAUGCUGCUUCACAGCUAUCAGAGUCCUGCAGGGCUGUCUGUGCUGGACAGCUGUAAAGAAGCAGUGUGGCACAGAAGAAAGCUCUGUAGGAGGGUGUGUGCAGCGUGGAGGAGAGGGGUCCUCUGUACUGCAGUGCUGUCAGUGAUUUUGAAAAUGUACAAGUUCAGCACUCUGGGGAAGCAGUGAACAUGGAAGCUAAUUGACAGUAGAAUGGGUUUUAAAACCGGUCCGGUUUGUCUUUCAGUGCAGAUUUGGAUAGAAAUUAUUGGGUCACAAGGAUGUGAAUUAUUAUUAUUUUUUUUUUAAAAGCUGGGGAACAAAACAAGCAUUGUAACACUAUAUUACGCAUGCCACUUUGUAAAUGAUUAGGCUCAGAACAGUAAUUGGUGACGUUCUGGUUGCCAAGUAAUGAAAAAGCUGUAAUUAGCUGUUCUGUUGUACUGCUGUGGAUCUGACAGUAACAAUAAAUAAAUAAAUAAAUAAAUAAAGCAAGCCGCAGAUAGUGA